AUGGCGUCGUUCGUGGCCGCGCUGGUGGCAAUCGUGGUCGUGGCGCUGGUGGCGGUGAUGCGGCGCGCGGCCGCGAGGAAGGAGGACGUGCGGCGGACGGCCUGGCUCGCGGCGGAGCAGGCCCAGUUCGCGGAGCGCGACGCGUACUACUACUACGAUCACCACGCCGCGCCUCACUGGACGGCGCCGGACACGACUCAGUGGACGGCGCCGCAGGUGGCCUGGCCACCGGUCGAGCAGAUGGCGGCACCGCCGGUGGCCUGGCCGGCGGUCGAGCAGAUGGCGGCAACGCCGGUGGCCUGGCCGGCGGUCGAGCAGGUGGCGGCAACGCCGGUGGCCUGGCCGCCGGUCGAGAAGGUGGCGGCGCUGCCGGUGGCCUGGCCGCCGGCGGUGAAGGUGGCGGCGCCGGAGGUGGCCUGGCCGCCGGUCGAUCAGGUGGCGGCGCCGCAUGUGGCUUGGCCGCCGGUCGAUCAGGUGGCGGCGCCGGAGGUGGCCUGGCCGCGGGACGAACAUGUGGCCGCGCCGCGGCUCGAACAGGAGGCGGCGACGGAGCCUACGCUAGCGGCAGCGGCGGGGAAGAAGGGGCCGUGUGUGGUGUGCCGCAAGCCGACGACGUUCCGGUGCAAGCGCUGCAAGGGCGUCAAGUAUUGUGCCGUCAAAUGUCAGAUAGCUCACUGGAGACAAGGUCACAAAGAUGAAUGCCAUCCAGUAAGUGCUGAUGCUAGAGAAGACACCACAAUAGAAGCUUCUUCCACGAAAAAAAUUGAACGCACUAGCUCAGAUGAAGAAAGUGUGGUGACUGGAGUCGAGCAAGCAGUUGAAAGCAAGGAGAUGCCCCUUGAGAAGGCGUCCAAUACGUCAGAGGCUUCUCAACAAGAUAGCAAAGAGUUCACAUUUCCUCAGGUUACAGGACAUGCUGAAUCUGCUGACUGUUCGAGUUCUCCAACUUUUGGUAAACCGUGCAAAGUCGAGGGCGCUUCCGUUAGUGAAAAUGGCUCUCACACUCAGAUUCCGGUGGCGUGUGAUCCAUCUGAAAAGGCAGAUGAUCGUCCUGAAUUCUCUGCUAAAUCAGAGAUCGGAGUUGUGGUGCCAGAUGAUUUGCCAACGAAAAGUUUGGUCAGGCAACAAACUGCUCCAACAAUUGUGAGACAUUACUCAUCGGAAUCGACACUUUUUCCGUAUGAACGCUUCGUUAAGCUCUACAACUCUGACAAGGUGGAAUUGCGUCCUUUUGGUCUUUGUAACCUUGGGAACAGUUGCUAUGCAAAUGUCGUGCUUCAGUGUUUGGCCUUUACCCGACCACUUACAGCAUACUUCCUCGAGGGGCUUCAUUCAAAAAACUGUUCCCAAAAGGAAUGGUGCUUUUUGUGCGAGUUUCAAAAACUCAUUGUGGAGGGUAAGCAAGGACAUUCUCCAUUAUCACCUACUGGAAUACUCUCACAUUUGUCUGACAUCGGAAGUAGCUUUGGCCCGGGCGAAGAGGAAGACGCUCAUGAGUUUCUCAGGUACGCAAUUGAUACUAUGCAAUCUGCUAGCAUGAAGGAAGCCAAUGCAAAUGGUGCCCAUAAGUUAGCUGAAGAAACGACACUGAUUCAGCUAAUGUUCGUGGGCUAUCUACGAUCUAAGAUAAAAUGCACAAAGUGUGGGGUCAGUUCAGAACAUUGCGAACGUAUAAUGGAUCUUACUGUGGAAAUAGAUGGGGAUAUCAGUACUCUUGAAGAAGCACUUCAUCGAUUUACAUCUUCAGAAGUCUUAGAUGGCGAUAACAGAUACCAUUGUACCAGAUGCAAGUCAUAUGAACGUGGCAAAAAGAAGUUGACAAUAUCAGAAGCACCAAAUAUCCUGACUAUUGCACUGAAAAGAUAUCAGUCUGGUAUGUUUGGCAAGAUUAACAAGGCCAUCAGGUUCCCGGAAUACUUGAAUUUGUCUAGCUACAUGAGUACAACAGAUGAUUGUUCCCCUGUGUACAGGCUCUAUGCGGUGGUUGUCCACCGUGAUGUUAUGAACUCAUCCGUUUCUGGUCAUUAUAUAUGUUAUGUCAAGGACUCACAGGGGAAAUGGUACGAAAUGGAUGAUAGCCAGGUGAAACCUGUUUCUCUGAAAAAUGUCCGGUCGGAGCGUGCGUAUAUGCUGCUUUAUACAAGGUGUUCACCACGGGCUCCAAGGUCUUUAAGGAAAUUGAUUAUUGCUCAAGGCCUAUCACACACAAGAAAAGCUAGGCAGACAACAGAUCCAGUAUCAACUUGUUUGGAAGGCCGGAGCCAUUUUAGCAGGCACCAAGGUACGCAAUGGCAGUCAUGCAGGGAUCAUGUAAUGAAUGGCCACACCUACAAGCUGGUUACGUCUGGUGGCUCAUCAAAUCCAGUAUUAGAGCCCACAAGUACAAGCGAGGAUUCUUCGCUGUUCAGCCAUUCUGAUGUAGGGUCAAGUGGCAAUUUAAGCAGCGAUAACACUGACAGCACAAAGAACCCAGGCAGCACGAAGGAGUGCACAUUUGGAAGCUCGGAUCAAAUGCACCCAGUCAGUACAGUGGUGAUGCCUGAGGAGCAUUCGCGGCAGAUGUCCAGCUUGAACCCUAGCUCUUCAACCCAAUAUGCUGAUCAAGGUGAGGUUGACAGGCUGCACCAGCUCAACCUUCAGGCGAGCAAAGGGGUUUGGGAUGAGGGUUGUGAGACCCCAUCCUUCUUCUAUGUUGACCAAGGUAAAUACCCGGAUAGUAGUAGUAGUAGUAGUGACAGUAGCAGCAGAAGUAGGCGUAGUAUUAGCAGUAGCAGUAGCUGUAAUUUAAAAGGACAGCGUAACCGUCGGAUGGUAGGGGAGGUUGAUCAUGGCCCUGGAGAGGGCCAGGGGCAUUUUAAGUAG